AUGAAGUCUGUAGUUGUUUCGGAGCUUGAAGGAACCCUACUGAAGAGCCACGAUGUAUUCUGCUACUUCAUGCUGAUAGCUUUCGAAGCAUCCGGGCUCAUCCGUUUCGCCUUGCUGUUAGCAUGUUGGCCGUUGAUUCGUUUGCUGGAGAUUUGCGGGCGGGGAGAUAACGGGCUUAAGCUCGCCAUCUUCGUCGCCACGUGUGGGGUCCGCUUCUCCGAGAUUGAAGCGGUGACGAGAGCUGUGCUGCCCAAGUUCUACCUGGACGACACCGAUAUGGCCGCGUGGAGGGUUUUCAGUAGCUGUUACGAUAAUAGGCGGCGAGUUGUCGCGACGAAAAUGCCGAGGGUUAUGGUUGAGAGGUUUGCGAAGGAGCACUUGAGGGCGGACGACGUCGUCGGGAGUGAACUUUGCAUUAAUCGUUUUGGGUUCGCGACCGGUUUCGUUGAAGACGAUUUUGAUUGUAUUGGCCGGAAAGUUGGUGAGUUGAUUAGGGUUGAUGAACGACGUCGUUGUUUGGGCCUUGCAAGGCGUACACGUGGCUCCGUUGGUUCCUUAUUUCUACCAUCGUGCCAGGAGCAAUGUAAUCCACCGUUUGCUAAUUACAAAUCAAUCCAAGACGACGACCACCGCGCAAUCCGCCCCCUGCCGGUGAUCUUCCACGACGGCCGCUUGGCCAUGCGGCCGACACCGGCCGCCGCCCUCCUAAUCCUCCUAUGGAUCCCCAUCGGAAUCCUACUAGCAGCCAUCCGCAUCUCAGUCGGAAUAAUCCUCCCCAUGUGGGCCAUCCCCCACGUGGCCCCCAUUUUCGGUAGCCGCGUCGUCGUCAAAGGGACACCACCCCCGCCGCCCUCCGCCUCCAACUCCGGCGUCCUCUUCGUCUGCACGCACAGAACCCUAAUGGACCCCGUGGUACUCUCGUCCGUCCUCCGCCGCCGAAUCCCCGCCGUCACCUACUCCAUCUCCCGCUUCUCGGAGAUCCUCUCGCCCAUCCCCACCGUCCGCCUCACCAGAAUCAGAGAAGUCGACGCCAGGAAAAUCAGGCGGCAGCUCCAGAAGGGGGAUUUGGUUGUCUGCCCGGAGGGGACCACGUGCAGGGAACCGUUUCUGUUGAGAUUCAGCGCACUUUUCGCGGAACUAACCGACAGGAUAGUGCCGGUGGCGAUGAAUUACAGGGUGGGGUUCUUUCACGCAACCACAGCGCGUGGGUGGAAGGCGAUGGACCCGAUAUUCUUCUUCAUGAACCCUAGGCCGGUGUACGAGGUUACCUUUCUUAACCAGUUGCCGGUUGAGGCGACUUGUUCUUCCGGUAAGAGCCCGCAUGACGUGGCGAACUAUGUGCAGAGGAUUUUGGCGGCGACUUUGGGGUUUGAGUGCACCAACUUUACGAGGAAGGACAAGUACCGCGUUCUCGCCGGAAAUGAUGGGAUUGUCGCCGCUCGAACUUGGAAUCCGGCUAAGGAAACGGUGGACGCGUUCAGGAAGGUGGUCGGAAGUUUUAUGCUUCACUGA